UCACGACUUCCAUCACAUUCUGGUUAAGGAGGAAGAUCGACCGAAAACGGCCUUCAUACUGUUUGAAGGCACGUGGCAGUGGGUUCGGUGUCCGAUGGGGAUUUGCAACGCGCCUGCCACGUUUCAGCGGGCUAUGAACGUGACGUUCCAGAACUUCGUCAACAAGACGCGGCUCACUCAGGGGAUGAUUAACUUUUGUGUCAUCGUGUACAUGGACGACAUUCUCGUCUACUCAGAGACCUAUCACGGGCAUGCACAGCACAUCGAGUGGACGAUGGGAGCUCUGAGAGACGUUGGGUUCAAAAUCGUGCUCGAGAAGAGCGAGUUUUUCCUCUCGGAAAUCUCGUUCUUGGGUUACGUGGUGACACGUGGAGGAUUGCGACCAGACUCGAGGAAAGUCGCGGCGGUGAGAGUUGCUCCUUUCCCCACGUCAGUGACGCAGGUUCGAGCUUUCCUGGGGCUGGCAUCGUACUAUCGUCGCUUCAUCAAGGGCUUCGCCUCAAUUGCACGACCUCUGACAAACCUGCUACGAAAAGACCAGCCCCUCAGUUGGGAUGCAGAGUGCGAACAGGCCUUCACCACCCUCAAGGACGCCUUGGCGACGACACCUAUUUUGAUCCGGCCGGACCCUACGAAGCAGUUUAUUCUUAUCACGGACUGGCAGUCGGACGGGAUCUCCGCUAUUCUAGCGCAAAAGGGGAACGAUGAUCGAGAACACGUCAUCGAGUACGCAUCACACACGGUGCCAAACGAGUGGAGGAACGAUUCGGCCCCACAAGGUGAAUGUUACGCAGUGGUCUGGGGAAUUCAACACUUCCAUCCGUAUCUUUACGGACAGAAGUUCCUCCUUGUAACCAAUCACGAGUCAUUAUUGGCUCUCAAGAAGCUCACUAAUUUUACGGUUAUGAUUGGACGAUGGGCGAUGCGCCUACAGGAAUACGACUUCAACAUCAUCCAUCGAAAGACUGAGAGGCACGGCAACGCGGACGGGUUGGCACGUCUGCAUCGCCCUGCUAAGGCUCUCAGCGAUCACAUGUUGGCGCCACGUGGUGACAUUUUGACAAUUCGGCAAGUCCAUCACCCGCGAUUCAGUCUGGAUCUUCUAGGGCUUGCGCAGUUCUUCUGUACCACGGGAGUGUACGUGGCGGCGGAGUUCCGAUUCACGGGCCAUUGUCAAGCGAUCGUGUUGCCAGAGGCGACGGCGGUUCGACGGUUGUCAGCAAUGGGGGUUAGCCACGUGUCUACCGUCCUCAUCUUCAGCGGUGAUCUUAGCGCGAUCGACCCUCUACGACACACGGCCAUUCAGACAUCGCUAAGGGAGUGGGGCCAGCAGCUGGCAACGGAGUGGAAUCAGUGGCUUACGCGCCGCGACGACAAUCUUGUCCCCACGGACAGCAUUGACGUCAGAGGGCUCCGAACGGACAUUGAACACCGUGCUUGGACCGAAUACGUGGAGCUGUUGAUCACCAUAGCUUGGAGGACGGAGGUGGAAGGAGACCUUCUCGGAUUUCUAUCCGGCUCGGUGCGGCCCGACCUUCGACAGCUGAUCGUACAGGAGCUCACGAUUCCUCUCGCGAAGCUGGUCGACGACCUCCCUCUCAAUAUCGUUUCGCAGUGUGAUGAGAACCCUGUCCCGAACGUCCUUUCACGAACUCUGAGUCCCUAUCUACAGUGGUCGGCCUGCCUCGAGGAGCAGGGAGGUAACAGCAACCCGCCAUCGCAACGAGAAUACCUGGACCCGCAGAAGAUAAUCGACCCAGCCUUCUUUCAGCCUCGAACGGCCUCCGAAGACGAAGGGCUAACGCUAGAGGAGGAAAAAGAAGAGGGCGUAGAGGAAGGCGACGAGGAGGAAGAAGAGGAAACCUCGGAAGAAGCAGGGAGUUACAGUGAAUACAGCGAGGAAGAGUCGGUGGAGAAGAAGAAGAAGAAGAAGAAGAAGAAGAAGAAGAAGAAGAGGGUCAGUUAGAGGAAGAGGAGGAAUCUGAGUGGGAGACUUUGGGUGAAGAGGCGGAAUGCG